UCUCCUUGUUCUUUACACUUUUCCAAGUCCCCAAGGUAGCAACCAUUAAAGCUCUCAAUGUUGACUUCUCUGCUGCAGUACCUGUAUUUAUGUUAGUUUUACGUUGUGCCGUCAUCCUUGCAAGUUGAAAAAGGUAUAACAAGCCCAUUUUAUUUCCACAAAGUAAGGACAGAUGUCAAUUUCAACUGUAUUGAGUAAAAGUAACGACACAGAAAAAUAAAUACAGUACUCCAGUACCGACGCCUGGAAAAACUGCUGUGGUUAAGUACAACACCGAAGUACUUGUAAUUUGUUUUGUGAUGCCACUGGUCACGUGCAUAGUAGAGUGAAAUUUAAUGUUUACGUCCAAAUAUGAAAGGAUUUGGGUUCAUUUGUCAAGACUGGAAGGGGACGUGCCGAUAAUGGAGGGUAAUAAUUACUCUGUUGUGUUGGAAUAGGGUGAAAGUAACUUCUAAAUAUAGUGUCAACUGUUUUCCCGCCUUUGCUCAGGCCCCGCCUCUGCAAUGAGUGGAGAAGCAUUAAGAGGUGGCUAAUCCACAAAAACAAGAAGCGUGUGGGCUUGCAGCUCCUGCGUCGUCGCUCUCUGAGGGAGAUUAGAUUGCGUGAGGACAGCUGGACACUGAUCUGCAGACGUCUGGAGGCUGGAUGGACAACAUGUCGCCGCAACAUCAACAGGACAGACUGAGUCAGGGGGCGGGACAGAGCGACAACAGACGGCGGGAGAAGUCCCAAAGUCUACGAUGUCAGUCCACACCUGCUCUUGUCAUCAGAAAAGCUCUCUACAGGUCCAAGACACUUUCCAGAGAGAGCCUCCUGGUUCCUGUGUUCCCAGAGACAUGCUCAUUGGUCCAGUCCUUCCUGAGAGUGCCUGAUAGGUUAUUUCUCCUCCACGGACACAUCCAGUUAAAGACUGGCAUGCAGACACAGGACAGACACCUCUUCCUCUUCACAGACAUCCUAGUGAUCGCCAAAGCCAAGUCAGCCAACCAAUUCAAGCAGAAGGCCCAAGCGCUUGUGUGUGAAAUGUGGACAGCAAGUUGCACGGAGGAGGUGUGUGAAGGAAGCACCUGCCCUGAGAGGAGCUUUGUCAUUGGCUGGCCCACGUGUAACUCCGUCGCAACGUUCAGCUCGGCAGAACAAAAAGAGAAAUGGUUGUGCCACCUGAAAAGUCGUAUUAAAGAGGAAAAAGAGAGAGAAGAACCUAAGACCAUCCCUCUUCGAGUGUACGGGAAGGGACUUAAUACUUACGCUGUUACCAAGACUUUGCCCGUCAGCAACUCUGAUUCAACCAAUGAGGUGAUCCGACUGGCUUUGCAGCAGUUCGGCGUUAUUGGUAAUGUGAAGGACUACCAGCUGUGGAUCCUCUCCAAGAGGGACAACACACCUUAUCCACUCAUUGGUCACGAGUUCCCCUUCAGUAUCCACAUGAGUCACGUGCGACGAGCGUUGGCACACAGCGCGACAGUCCCAGAGGACAGAGACUGGGCGAUACAGGUGGACCAGGUGCAGGUGCACAAGCGGUGCCAAUUUAUCCUCAAACCCCGCCCUGAGGAAAUGCUUCAACCGCAGGUGGCAACAGAGUUCCCACAGAAACCUUUGAAAAGGAGACGGUCGCUCAUCACUUGGGCCUUUCUGCGAGGUUCCUCCAAUCAGCUGGCAUCUUCUAUGGGCGCCGCUUCUCAAGGCUGCUUGUUCGGCCACCCCCUCAGCACCUUGUGUGUAGAAGAGGCUCUGCCAAAGCCCGUGAUGGACAUGCUGGCACUCCUGUAUCACGAGGGGCCUGGGACACGGGGCAUCUUUCGACGCCCGGCGGGUGCUCGGGCCGUCAGGGAGCUGCGGGACUCAUUGGAUGAAGGCGAUUUCCUUCUCCCCCUAACGCGGGACCACAUCUUCAUCAUUGCUGGUGUCUUCAAAGACUUCCUGCGCAACAUUCCCGGCAGCCUGUUAUGUUGUGAGCUGCAUGAAGACUGGAUGGAUGCGCUGGCUGAUGAAGAGGGGGAGCAGGAUCGGGUGCAAGAAAUACAACGGAUGAUGUGUCGGCUGCCUAAUGGCAACGCCUUGUUGCUACGCUACUUGCUGGCUGUGCUGCACGUUAUUCGAGGCAACGCCCACGAGAACCAGAUGACCAGCUUCAACCUGGCGGUGUGCAUCGCCCCCAGCAUGCUUUGGCCUCCCGGGGCACUCUGCAGCCCUGAGGCAGAGAACGAAGGAACCAGGAAGGUUUGUAACUUGGUGAAGUUCAUGAUAGAACACUGCCAGCAGAUUUUGGGAGAGGAGCCUUGCUCUCUGUUUGGAGACUCACCACUGAGACUCAACACCCAGGAGACGGGACUUUGCGACAAGUGGACGUACCCUUUGACAGAUUCAUCCUAUGACAGCCUAGAGAACGAAUUGGAUACUAGCAGCGGUGGGUCGCCGAGCUUUUGCGGCAGACGUCUCCGAGCCAAACCAGGCAGUGUGGAUUCAGUCCUCACGUUCAGCGACUAUGAGCAGGACCCAGACCCAGAUGUCCGGCUCACUAACUGCCAGAUGCAGAGGGGAAACAGGCAGAUGCAAGAUGCACCGAUCAUAGACCCCACCUGCUCAACCCUAGACAUCCUUUCCCUGCACAGCAUGCAGAGGCAGCGUCGGUGCUCUGAGCCAGUGUUGGUGUAUGUAGCGAAGAUUCAACCAUGCAACUCCGGGAGCACGGAUGGCCUCGCUGACGAGGAUGAUGAUGACGACGAAGAUGACAAAAGCGAGCGUGCCCCAAAGUUAGGGCUUCGCCAGCGGAACAGAAGGUCACUGGCGGCCGUGGAGAAGAGCUCCUCCAGCCUGUCCUCUAACCCCACCUCCCCUGCACCGACACAAACCAAGGCAUGCGCUCCUUCCAUAUCUACUGCCACAAGCUGCACACAGAUUUUUGGGAAGCAUGAGGAGCGAGGGUCAAGUUGCAAAGAGUGUCCAGCAAAAGAGCAUCUUAAAUUGGGUCCUUUGAAAAGCUGCAGGAGCCUUCACCCAAACUCUUGGCUGAGGAAAGACCGCAGACUGUCCUUGACUCAACAAGAGAGCUUGGAGAAGAACUCUGCCUCAAGCGCACAUACAAACACCACCAGUGAUGAAUAUUAGCAUGUUUGGCAGGCUAAAUUCACUCAGAGCUUAACCAUCUACAUCUUAAAAUACUGUUUAUUCAACAUACAACUGCAAAGGCUCAACUGUAGCCAUAAUAAUAACCGUUGUCAUCAAAUGUAGUUUACUGUUCAAAUGUACGGAUAGUGACUUUUUUUUUUUUUUUGGUGUGGCAGCAAUAUUCGGUCUGCAUGAAAAAUGUAUCCCUUUCAACCGAUUGAAAAUGUAAAUGCGCCCCCUUGCGGAUAGAACACUAACACUUUUCUUUAUUGCUUCUUGAUUGACGAGCAAGCUGCACACUUGUCUCAUUUUUUGUGUUUAGACAACAGAAGACAAAAUAACACUUUGCCCCCCCCCCCAUCAUUACUGAAAUUAGAAAAUACAGUGGUACCUUGAGAUAAGAGCAUUUUCCAUGCUCAUGCUCGGAAUUGAAAACUCUUUUCACAUCAUCUUUCAUCAUUGAAACGAAUGGAAGUGUCAUAAAUCCAUUCCAGCCAGAAAAAAACUUUUAACUCAGAAAAAAAUAGGACUAUAAAAACGGGGUGAUAAAAUUGAAAUAGAAUGCAAAGCAUUAAACGGUCUGUGCCUCACGGCCUAAUAUUUCAUCAUCAGAGUCCAAUGCCAGUUGAUGUGCCGCCUUGGCCACUAGUCGAUACAAUUAUAGUCAUGUAGACAGAUGAAGAAUUAAUUUCUGCUGCAGCUGUUCUACCCUUAGUAAGUUGCUGUAUUUUUAUUUUAUUUUUUUCUGAAGGAUAAAGUAUAUACAGUAUGCCAGUGAGUAACAUUACAUGCACUCUAUCGGUUUCUCAAAAGGGUUCUAAAACUGCGAUUGUCGAUGCUAACUCUUAAUCUUGUCAGAGGCAUUUUCUCUUCAUUUGGUCAUUGUCGGCAUUAUGCUAGUGGAAUUUACUAAAGCAUAUAAGUGAUUUCUUUACAUACACAACUUGAAAUUGUCUUUAUUUUAUCUUAACUUUGACCAUAAACUUAAACUGGGAGUGGGAUUAAACAUUUUGAAAGCACCUUUUUUGGGGGGAGGAAAUGUUCACCUUUUGUCAAAAUUACUCACACCAUAAAGCCCACAUAUCUCAGGUUUGCGCUCACAAGUCAAAGAAAAAAUUCAGAUGAAUGGCAGUAUCACUCGUAUCUCAAGGUAGCGCUGUACUACUUCCUAUGGCCACUGUCAUCUUAGAAUUGUCAACACCCCGACACCACAUCCCUUGUAGCAUGUUAGCGAGUAUCGGGCUUCACCAUUGCUCAUCAAUCUCGAGCAAGAACGAAAUUCAAGUUAACCCUUUACCAAAGUC